AUGUUGGGAUUUACGUGUUUUCUCAUUAUUCUAUCUACAUUACAGAGCGUAAUGCCUCAAGGCCCAGCUGGUCUCUGUGGACCACCCCCUAUUGAUAAACCAUUCGAAUGUUGUAAGAUGCCGCACCUUUUUACUAGUGAAGAACGCGCUGAGUGUGGCUUUGAAGAACCUACAGACGGCAAACCACGACGCCCAAUUGAUUGUAGCAAACUAAUAUGCCUUAUGAAUAAGAAGAAUUUGAUGAAGGACGACAAGAAUGUAGAUUUAGAUGCCGUAUCAGAUUACUUAGAUAAAUGGACUGCAGAAAACGCUGAUUUUAAAGAUACAGUGGAUAAGGCAAAAGAGAGAUGUCUCAAAGAGGAUGUAUCUGGACCACCAGAGGCAUGCUUACCAGACAGAAUCGUAACUUGCAUGUUCUUCGAGACAUUUAAUAACUGUCCUAAAUGGGAAGAAAAUGAAAAAUGCGAUAAGAUGAAAACACACAUGGAACAGUGCCGAGCAAGGCUAACCUAA